AUGAAGAUGCUCAUCAACCUAGAAGCACUUACUGUCUUUCUGGCCUGUUUCUCAACCAGCUACGGCCUGCAGGCUUCGAAUAUACCUUCGGACACACCCUUGUCCUCAUUGAUUGCUUCUGCCAAAGCCCAUCUUGCUGAAGGUUUCGCUCGCGAUGCAUUGCUGUAUUUCGAUGCGGCUAUCUCACGAGACCCAACGAACUACCUUACCAUCUUCCAGCGAGGCGCUACUUAUUUAUCUCUGGGAAGGAGCUCGCAAGCUUUGGGUGAUUUUGACCGCGUUCUCCAGCUCAAGCCAGACUUCGAAAGUGCGCUACUUCAACGAGCUCGUCUCAGGGCAAAGUCUGCUGACUGGGAAGGGGCGCUCAAUGACCUUGAGAAGGCCGGUAAGAGGGUCUCUGCUGAGUAUGAGGAACUUCAAAAAGCGCGUGAUGCUGCCCUCCAGGCGUCUGAUGCAGAAAACCGGGGUGAUUGGGAACUCUGUGUGAACCAAGCCAAUACAGCCAUCCUCAAGGCAAGCACGUCUCUCGCAUUGCGCCAAACUCGAGCGCAUUGUCGGUUCGAGAAGGGUGAGAUGGAAGAAGGAAUCAGUGAUCUUGCCCAUGUUGUACAGAUCUCGCCGCGCUUAGUUGAGCCCCAUUUGCAGAUAUCAUCGAUGUUGUUCUAUGCCUUGGGGGAUCGUGACCGUGGUAUCUCGCAGAUCCGCAAAUGCCUACAUUCAGAUCCCGAUUCAAAGCCCUGCAAUAUAUUAUACAAAAGAGAGAGGAAACUGAUAAAGAUAUUGGAAAAACUACGGAAUGCAAUGGACGCGCGGAAAUUUAACAAUGCCAUCAACCUCCUUGUUGGUGCUGGGGCCGAGAAAGGUUUGAUUGACGAAAUCAAAGAUGAUUUUGAACGGGCAAAAGAAGCCGGUCACAUUCAUUCCGCAGCUUCAAGCAACUUAUAUUCAUCCUUGGUUGAACAGACUUGUGAAGCUUAUCGGGAGGUUCGUGAACAACAUCCUUGCUUAAUGCUUGCUGUAACUAACCAGAUGUCAUUAAUUCAGGCAAAUAUGCUAAAACGGGCUGCUGCUUACUGUCUGGAAACUUCCCAUUUGACACCCCACUCCUUGGCUGCACUUCUAUAUAACGCCCAGGUGGCUCUGGACGAAGAACGUUUCGAGGACGCUGUCCGCACGCUCAACGAUGCCAGGGAACAUCAUCCGGGGUCCCGGGAUGUCCAAACGCUCUUGCAAAAAGCCCAUGUACUCCUCAAGCGUUCCAAACAGAAGGAUUACUAUAAAGUGCUGGGCGUCGGUCGUGAUGCAGAUGAACGGACAAUAAAAAGAGCCUAUCGACAGCUAACAAAACAGCAUCAUCCUGACAAGGCUAUUUCUCAAGGUGUCACUAAGGAGGAGGCUGAGAAGAAAAUGGCCGCUAUAAAUGAGGCUUACGAGGUCUUGUCUGAUCCGGAGCUCAGGGCACGGUAUGAUAAUGGCGAUGAUCCUAACGAUCCAGAAUCACAGAGAGGAAACCCGUUCCAGGGAAGCCCUUUUGGAUCUGGAGGGGGUCAGCAAUUCUUCUUUCAGCAAGGCGCACCGCAGUUCAAAUUCUCGGGUCAGGGAUUCAAUUUCCCUGGAGGCUUUCCAUUCCGCUAG